AUGGCGGAAGAGUUGUCUGAGAUCUUGCAAAAAUUUGCUUUGAAUAACCAAGAAUGUAGUAUCACUGACCUAGAUGCAGGAGAUGCCAGCAUAAGUAGGCAGGAAUGCCAAACCAGUUUGCUGGGGAAAAUUAGGGGAGAUAAGAUAGCUAAUUUUACAGGAGUUAAAAACUUUGUGGCUAAUGCAUGGGGUUACCCGAAAGACCUCAAAGUUACUGAGCUGGGACCAAACUUUUUCCAGUUCGGAAUAAAGGGGGAGGAAACCAGAGAAAGGAUAGUCAAUGGAGGGCCAUGGAUCUUGGAUAAUCAGAUACUUGUGUUAAGUAAGUGGUAUGGGGGGAUUGAGGAUGACCCUAAUGUUUUUAGAAUAGCACCACUAUGGGUUCAGAUGUGGAGCCUCCCUAUACACUGCAUCUCUAAGGAGGUAGGAAAGAAAGUAGGUGCAGUGUUUAGGGCAGUAAGGGAGGUAGUAAUACCACAAAAUGGAGGUAAAGAAGGGAAGCAUCUAAAGGUACUGGUCAUAGCUGACAUUUUUCAACCCUUACUCCGUGGAACAACAGUCAAAAUGAAUGGCCUAAUGAGAUGGAUUAAAUUUAAAUAUGAAAGGUGCCCUAACUUUUGCUACACUUGUGGGCUAAUUGGCCAUAGUGAAAAGGUCACAAAGAUGACAAUGGGAAGUGAUCAACAAGAGAACCAGUACGGACCUUGGUUGAGAGUUAACAAUGUGAAAUUUUCACCUCAAAAGGAAAAUAAUAGCUACAGAUCCCCUUCCAAAAGACAAUAUUGGGGGGUGGAAAAUGGGGAACUGGUGAAAAUAGAAUCAAAGUGGCAGGAAGAGGGACGUGAUUCCACAAUCCCAAGGGAAAAGGAAAAAGUGGAAGGAAGCAAUAAGGAGGUAAACAAACUCAAGGAUAAAAUGGAUUACAUUAACUACAAGAAAAUUGGUCUUCAGUGA